CUCUCAUCGGAUCCCCUACACUUUCGCUCCAAAUUAGAUUGGUUUCUCCUGUAAGAUGAUUCAGUACGAUACUGUGCAGGUGAAAAAUGUGUCCUGGCAGCCUGAACUGCACACGGAGGGCACCUAUGUGUGCUCCUUCCCGGAGCCACCGCCGCCGGAGCCUCACUUGAAUCCGGGCACAUGGCAUGGCCAUCUGGAGCCGUAUCAGCGGCUUUUCUAUCACCAGACGAUGAACUCGGUCCGCUCCAGCAAGCGAUACCGUGCCAAUCCGAACGUCCCGAAGGACGGUCUAGAUUUCUCGCUGCAGUCGCGCUACGACCAUACCCGUGAAGCCUUUCCGGACAAGGUGGACUAUGUGAUGCAGCGGGAGACGUGCCGCGCCAUUAGCAGCUGGUCGGCUCCUGGUGCCUCCAAGGAAAUCGGUGCCCAGCUUAAAUCUUUCAGGGUGCUACGCAAUACUCGCUUUAUUCGGCGCAAGCAGGAGGACGUACUAGGUCAUCCACUACGCAUCGGCGGUUGUAAGGAGAAGAUUCAUCCGCACAGCGUCAAGUUAAUUUGCAGCGGCGUCCACAACCAGCUGGUCAACAACGGAUUCUCGCGCCAGACCUCUGACGGCAACUUCUUCCGCUAUUAGUUGCGCAAAAGGCGUUUGCUUUCCCAGUGAAAAUACCGUUUUGUGUUUUUGGGUUUUACAAACAUUAUUGGCAAUAAAUUUGUGACAUGGAAGCAGUUGUCACGCAGUCGCCUCCA